AUGGUCAGCAGCAAGACAGAAACGGCAUGCGACGGGCGUACAGACCCGCUGCAUAGACCGGGACCGUUCGAAUGUGGCGGACGGGCUAAGUUCAAGGAGCAGACGCAAGCCGUGCCAGUGCUGCAGGACCCAGCAGACGGUGCACCACCGGAGCGGCACCACCUCGUGAAUCAAGCAGAGCACCGCCGCCACCUCAUCGGACCGGAGCCAGUGCUCAUCUCCGACGAACGCAGCAGCGACCUGAUCUCGCCGAGGGCGUCGCACUCGGAUACGGAGUCGCGACCGCCACGGACCCUUGACGGCAGAAGCGAAACCGAAGACGACGACACGGCGGACGUCGCAGAAGCCGCGUACGACGCCGGUCAGCUCCUCGGCGUAGGCGAGAUGCGACGGAACCUCGAGCUGGCAGAAUUCGUACAAAGCGCUCUGUCUCACCGCUGGGAGCCCGCGGCACUGCGAGACUGGCAGGCCAGCAUGCAGCGGCGCUGCCUUCUGCAUCGCUUUCCCUGUCGACUGUGGUACGAGUUUAUCUACGAAUGGCAGGUAGAACCGGAGCCAGCAGACCCCUACCCCUACGUCAGCACCGGAACCCCGACAGUACUCAGCCCAGCCGGGACGUCGCGAGCGCAACAGACGCUGUGCGAGAUUCGGGUGUGUGCAGCGCCCACCAUCCUCGCAGGGCACGUGUCGGUACACAUCCAUAGAAUGUGA